UCCUGUCCACGUGUGGAAAAAUGUCCCUCCAUCGUCUGAACAAGGAAAAAGUUACAAAGUAAUUCGCAAUCUCAAAAGUAUCAAAAGACCGCUGGCUAUGGCUUCAAUUACUUCCCUCGGCGUCGUUGUGGCUCCUCCGGCCUCCUCUGCCUCCCUCCGCCGCAGAUUCAAAUAUCCCGCCACAUGCCUCCGCUCACCCUCUUCCACCUUCUAUUUUGGUCCCACUUCUCCCAGAGCCUGUUAUUCCAGCCCCACAACAGACCACGGUUCAGUUUGGGGUCAUAAUUGGAACAGAAGGGGACUAGUGUUUACUGCCACACUGCCAUUUCUUCUUCGUCUGUAUGAAUCCUUGGAUAGUGUCUCUGUACAAGCAGCAGAGUCAGGCAACACUGAAUAUAAUAAGCUUUUAAAGGAUGAGAUUAGGAAAGUAGUCCCCAAGAGCAGGGCGGCUGGUGUACUUCGCCUGGUUUUUCAUGAUGCUGGAACCUUUGAGGUCAAUGAUAAUUCAGGUGGUAUGAAUGGCUCUAUUAUUUAUGAACUCGAAAGAGCUGAAAAUGCAGGUCUUAAAGGCCCUUUGAAGACUCUAGAGAAAGCAAAGAGUGGAGUGGAAGCUACACAACCAGUAUCUUGGGCAGACUUGAUUGCUGUAGCUGGAGCUGAAGCUGUUUCACUUUGUGGAGGCCCAACAAUCCCUGUUGCGUUAGGCCGGCUGGAUUCGAAGGGGGCAGAUCCAGAUGGGAAGCUUCCUCUUGAAACUCUGGGCGCUUCUGCUCUGAAGGAAAGCUUUCUAAGAAAAGGAUUAUCAACGCAAGAACUAGUUGCUCUGACUGGAGCCCAUACUCUUGGAAGUAAGGGUUUUGGAAAUCCAGACGUCUUUGACAAUUCAUAUUUCAAAAUUCUUCUCAAGAAGCCAUGGAAGUCAGGUGGUAUGUCAGGCAUGAUUGGGCUUCCAUCAGACCGAGCUCUUGCUGAGGAUGAGGAAUGCUUAAGCUGGAUAGCGAAGUAUGCAGAGAAUCAGAACUUGUUCUUUGAAGAUUUUGAAAAGGCUUAUAUCAAACUAGUGAAUUCAGGUGCCAAGUGGAGGAGCUUGUGAUAUCAUUUUGUGGAAGAAAAUUACUUAGUCUUUGAAGGGAAAGCUUGCAUGUUUCUCAAAACAAGGAUAUCACAAAGAAUGAAACAACAGCACAAGACGCAUAUUGUCAUAUUGAUUGAGCUUGAUGAAGUAUAUGGAGGUAUUGUAGCAAAAACAUCAGCCUGAGUUGUCUUGAAGUGUAUAAAACGAGUUCUCAUGAAAAAAAUAACAUAGUAGUGAAUCUAAUUGUAAUGGAUGUUAUGUUAA